AUGGAGCGUAUCCGUCGCCUAUGGCGAGGCGAACAGGAGCAAGAAUAUGAGCCUCUAUCGCACAGCGAGCUCUCCGAGUCAAGAGAAAGCCUACCCACAACAACACAAACUGGACGCACCGGCUUCCACUACAUCGAAUAUGCCAUCUUCCUCCUCCUGGGCAUCUCCAUGCUCUGGGCCUGGAACAUGUUCCUCGCCGCCGGUCCCUACUUCCAGCACCGCUUCCGCUCCUCUCCCUGGAUCUCCGAGAACUUUCAGGCCGCGGAGAUUUCCGUGUCGACCAUUACGAAUCUCGGGAGUAUGCUGGUUUUGACACGCAUGCAGGCGGGCGCGAGUUAUCCUAGGAGGAUUGUGGUGAGUUUGGGGAUCAAUAUGGUGGUGUUUUCGCUGCUUGCGGCGAGUACGGCGCUUGAGGCUACGCCGGGGGUGUAUUUUGGGUUUCUUAUGGGGAUGAUGUUUUUGACGAGUUUGGCGACGGGGUUCUGUCAGAAUGGGGUUUUUGCGUUUGUGGCUGGGUUUGGAGAGAUGAAGUAUACGCAGGGGAUUAUGACGGGGCAGGCGGUGGCUGGUGUGUUGCCUUGUGUUGCGCAGAUUGUAUCGGUGCUGUCGUUUCAAGGAGGAGAUGGGGAUUCUCGUGAGCCGCCGUCGCAUGACCAGCCGCCUGGACCGCCUCCGGUGAAAUGGACUGCGGCGCUCGCCUAUUUCAUUACUGCGACGGCGAUAUCAGUGGCUACGCUUUUCGCUUUUUCGGUAUUGCUGGCUAGGAAUCGUCAGCCGAAGAAAUUGCAGAAUGGGAAUACACCUGACGACACUGGCGACAGCGAAGGUCGCAAAUCAAUACCGCUACUCUACCUACUUCGCAAACUGAUCUGGCUGGCAAGCGGAGUGUUCGUGACAUUCGCAGUCACUAUGGUCUUCCCGGUCUUCACCCAGCGCAUCGUCUCUGUGCGACCGCCGCAGGAUCAGCCGCCGAUCUUACAGCCAGCCAGCUUCAUACCACUGGCGCUGUUGUUCUGGAACAUGGGCGAUCUGGCUGGCAGGAUGAUCACUGCAGUGCCUUCGCUCUCGCUGACUCGACGGCCGCGUCUGGUGUUCGUAAUGGCACUUUUACGCAUUGUGUGGGUCGGAGGAUACCACCUAUGCAAUAUCCGGGGCGAGGGAGCGAUCGUCAACAGCGACUUCUUCUAUCUGGUGGUGAUCCAGCUGUUGUUUGGAAUGUCCAAUGGCUACCUUGGCAGUACCUGCAUGAUCGCCGCUGGGGAGUGGGUCGAGGAUGAGGAAAGAGAGGCAGCUGGAGGAUUCAUGGGAUUGUGCCUGGUCGCUGGGUUGACUGUAGGAAGUUUGCUGAGCUUCUUCAUCACUGGCACUUGA